CACACGAUAAAUCAUACCAGAACUACAAUGCACAUGAUAAAUCAUACCAGAACUACAAUGCACAUGAUAAAUCAUACCAGAACUACAAUGCACAUGAUAAAUCAUACCAGAACUACAAUGCACAUGAUAAAUCAUACCAGAACUACAAUGCACAUGAUAAAUCAUACCAGAACUACAAUGCACAUGAUAAAUCAUACCAGAACUACAAUGCACAUGAUAAAUCAUACCAGAACUACAAUGCGCAUGAUAAACCAAAUAACCAAAUUUUAG